AUGGAGCUAGCAGUAAUCUUGCUAUUACUGGGUGUGUUUUCUGGGCUGCCUUCGGCCUAUGGCUGGACGUUUGUCUGGCGCAAUGCGUCGGAUAACUCCUUUGUCGAACAUGACCAACAGCCAAUGUCCUGUACAAAGAUAAACAAUGGGCAAGGCGAGCUGUUUGAGUGGGACUCAGAAGAGGGACCCUUUGCAAUUUCGCUAUAUUCAAAUACAGAUUGCUCCGGCUCACCAUCAGGAUAUGCUACACAUAUCUUUAAUAAGAAUGCCAGCAAGUCCAUCCUUUCGUUCAAGGUUGAUUCAACUGCUUCAACAAUGACUUCUGUUCCUUCAAAAACGUCUAGCUCUACCUCUAUCUCUACUACCUCGACUACAUCUCAAACGAACACAUCUGACGCUGCUGUAUCGUCCUCAUCGUCUGCAUCUGGAUUGUCGGGUGGCACAAUUGCGGGAAUAAUUAUCGGUGUGAUUGCUGGCAUGUCUAUCAUUGCAGGAGUAUUAUUCUGGCUUCGUCAACGGUCUUGUAAGACGCCCUCGACCACUACAGAUUCAGCUUUAGGAUACAAUGGCUCUUCUUUCAGCUAUCACUCCACGUACAGAUCCCCUGGUUCUAUGGGCUCAGGCCGUACGACUCAAGACACCAAGAAAACAACUCCGGCAUUUGCCCCGAAAUCUGCUGUAGGUCCUGUACGUAUGGUUGAGCUUCAAGGGCAUAACGCAGCGGCAGAGUUGAGCAGCCACGGCGUGAAUGAGUUGGAAAGUCCAAACGAUGUCAAAUUUCCCACAUCUCGCCCAUAA